AUGGCCCAGGCUCGCUCCGCGCGCCUAAGUCCCAGGCUCGCUUCGCGCGCCUAAGUCCUGGGCCGGGGCGCCCGGCUCACUCCGCGCGCCUAAGUCCGCGCCCGGUUCGCUCCGCGCGCCUAAGUCCUGAGCCGAGCGGAGAGUGGAUUCCUCACACGAGCCACGGUGCCCGCGGGUGCGACUAUCGUUACAUCCAAGUUCGUCUGGAAAACGAAACGGAACGCACUCGGCGAAGUCACUGGACACAAGGCAAGGCUGGUCGCGCAAGGCAAUCGGCAACGCGACGGCAUCGACUUCAACGAAACGUUCGCACCGGUCGCACGCUUCUCCUCGAUACGCUCACUCCUCGCGCUGGCGGCCGCCAACGGCUUGCACGUGCACCAGGCGGACAUCGACAAAGCAUAUCUGCAUGGCGACCUUGACCACGACAUCUGGAUGACGGCACCGCGCGGCUUCGACCUUCCCAGCGACAAGGUGCUUCGCCUGCGACGCUCCAUCUACGGGCUCAAACAGGCUGGCCGAAUCUGGAAUCGACACAUCGACGCUUCGCUUCGGGCCCUCGGUUACACGGCGACGGGCACCGACCACUGCGUAUACUCUUGGCUCGAUGAUCGUCAAUGUCCACACUACAUCGCACUGUACGUCGACGACCUCCUGAUGAUCAGCCCGGAACUGGCCGAAAUCGAACGUGUCAUCUCAGGCCUGGACCAACGCUACGGAGUCAAGCGCCUCGGCCCGGCCGAGUAUAUCCUCGGCAUCCAGAUCAGGCGGUUCGACGACGGCUCUAUCGCCCUAUCCCAGGAACGGUACAUCAUGGACGUGCUCGCUCGGUUCCACUUCGACACCACGACUCGCGGCACUACAGUUCCGAUGACUCCCGGCCUUUCGCUCACUGCUAUCCCGGGUCAAGGCACCGAACGGAUCAGGUCAUGGUAUCUGCAGGCUAUCGGCUCGCUCCUCUACAUUUCGCUCGGUACCCGCCCUGACAUCGCCUUCGCCGUGUCCUACCUGGCCCGCUUCGCCAACAACCCCGGUCGUCAUCAUUGGAUUGCGGUCAAGCACAUCCUACGCUAUCUCCGGGCCACGUAUCGCAACGAACUCGUGUAUGCUCGCGGCCAGGCUCGCAUCACGGGUGUGGUAGGCUACUCCGACGCGAACUGGGGGGCCUGCAUCGACACAUCGGUGUCCACCAUGGGCUACGUCUUCUACAUCGCUGGCUCGGCCGUGUCCUGGUCGUCCAAACGCCAGUCUCGAGUUGCCGAUUCGACCACCGACGCUGAAUACCUCGCCCUCUCGCAUGCUGGCAAGGAAGGGAUUUACCUCAGUCAGCUGCUCGAAGAGCUCCAUGUACAACCUGUUGCACCGGCUCACAUCUUUACUGACAACGAAGCCGCUGCUGCAGUUGCUCACGAUCCUGUCCGCGUCUCUGGCACUCGGCACAUACGCUUGCGUGAGCACUUCGUUCGGGACAUGGUGAAUCGGGGCGACAUCUCUCUCUCGCAUGUGGGUACCAGCGACAUGGUGGCCGACAUCUUCACCAAGGCUCUCGGCCCAAAGGUCUUCUCAACGCACUGCUACGCCCUCGGCCUUCGCACUCGACACCCGCGGCUUGGGUCUGCCUCGCAUUCGCGUGGGGGGGGGUGUGAAGAGUCCACUCUCAGCUCGACAGGGGCGCCUCGGUCGUUGCGCGCACUUGCUAGCCCGCCCCCGGCGGUGGGGACUUAGACGCGCGCGACUGCCUCAGCGCGCCAGCGCCGGCGGAUUCAUGCGCGCGCCCGCUAGCCCGCCCCCUUGCGGUGGGGACUUAGGCGCGCCGGCGAUUUCACCCGCGGCUGACUUAGGGAUGUACAUUGUCACGCGCCUGGGACUAUCCCAGCGUGGCCCCCCCCUUUCUGUUUCUUAGCUUCCUUCUCAUCACUUCUGUUCGACUCUCAACCUCUCCUGACAGUAGUGGUGAACGUCUCAUAGGUACGCUGAAAUAGAUCACUUCUGUUCGACUCUCAACCUCUCCUGACAGUAGUGGUGAACGUCUCAUAGUACCCACCAGCAUGGCUUGCUUCAACUGCGGACGAGGCGGUCAUUUCUCGCAGCACUGCACCGCGGAGCGUCAAUCCCCGGUCGCCGUCCAACUCUCAGCGGUCGCUGUGGCCGACUUGGAUGACGAAGAUUGGUCCUCGGUCGCAGGUGGUGACGAGGAUCCCGAGGUGAGAGUCCCCAUUUCACUCGAGCGUGUUCAGACUCGACCUUUGAGUUCCGUUUCCGCUUCAAUGACACGCCCUUCUUGCCCUCCCGCAGACCCCGUUGGCCGAAUGAAAGAAGGGGCUUCUUCUUCAGUCGACGUCGAAGUCUCAUCAAGUAAUCCGCAGCCAACCGCGCCGGCAAGUGAUGCAGAUCUACGUCGUCUUGCCGAUGACUCGACCGACUCUGCGUUUGACGCGGUGGAAGACGUCCCCUCUUAUGCUGAUGCCGCGUCGCGAAUGCGGCGAUACUGGGGGCCGGAGGUGGUGUCGUCGCGCAAAGCGGAGAGGACUGCAUCGGUGAGCUCUGUUCGUGUUCCGGUGCCGUUGGGGGUUUCUCUCUUGGAGUCCGACACGCCCCUGAUCGACGUCGACGACUUCGCCCGACCCGCCGAGCCCGCGAUUGUGCGCGCCCGCAAUAUUAUUGCGUGGACGUUGCCGUCUGGGCGAACGCUGCGUUGCCUCGUCGACUCUGGUUCGGAAGUGGACUUGGUGGAUCAGGAUGUCGUGCGAACAGACCCGAGUUUCACGACGUCCCGCCUUACCGCGCCGCUGCACUUGCGCCUCGGCACUCGCGACAAAUCUGACCGCUGCGCCGUGUUUGCCAACGCCCUCUUCACGUCCGGUUCCCUCGACCUCGGCUUGCGGGCGUUUUUCAUUUGCCGUGUGACGGCAUAUGAUGCUAUCCUGGGUUUGCCGUUUCUGAAGGACACCGGCAUGCUGGUAGGCUGGGGCGUCUUCACCGUCGCACGGCCGGGCCCUUCGCAGCCGGUCGCCAAGGGCACUCACGAGUGGGAUCGCGCAGUCACGGUGGCGCCCAUCUGCUCCGGCUCUGCCAUUGGCUACGAUCACCCAGGGUUGCUUCCUGACGACGAGAUCAUUGGCCUCGAGCCGCACAACCCUCUACUGGAUGUCGUCGACGACCCGGCGCUCGAGGAUUUGUCUGAGUCCGAAGCACGAACACGAUUGGCUGCCUUACUCGAGAAAUACUCUGAUGUGUUCGUAGAUUCGCUCCCAAUGGACCGACUCCCGCCUUAUCGACCCGUCAAUCACGAAAUCCCUUUGAUCGACCCCAACGAGAAGGUCAAGCCGAGGGUCUAUCCCCUUGCCGACAAAUAUCGUAGCCAGUGGGCGGAGCAUUCAGCUAAGUACACUCGCGGUCGCUUCUGGGUUUCUGGUCCGAUCGACUCUGCGGCUCCGGUCUUCGCCAUUCCGAAAAAGAACUCCCAGACCGCUCGCUUUGUGAUCGACCUCCGCGCUCGCAACAGCAACACCGCCAAGCGUUUUUCACCUAUCCCCGACAUGACCAGUGUUCGCUACGAAGUGGCACGUUCGCGCUACCGGUCCAAAUUCGACGUGGCCGCAGCGUUUGAGCAGGUGCGGGUCAUACCCGAGCACGUCGAUCGCACCGGCUUCGCCACGGUCACGGGCACGUACACGUCGCGGGUAUGAAAGAACAAUAUACCACUGCACCAAAAGGCAAGGCACCUCUACUUCAGUGAGCGCAUAUUGUCCUAGAAGUGAGAUGGAGCGAAGUUCAACAGCGGGUGAUGCAGUUUGGGGACACCAAUGCGCCCAACACCCUGAACUUGUUGACAUCGGCGAUGUUUCAGCCGUGCCUCUCGUUUGCCAAGAUCUUUUUCGACGAUGUUCACGUCCAUUCCGAUACUCGUCGCGCGCACUUAAGACACAUCGAGAUUUUGCUGAUGACACUGCGACAUUAUCGGUUCUACUUAGGAUCCAACAAAUCCGAGUGGUUCUCAAAGUCGUUAGAUUCCUUGGGCGCGAUCAUCUCCGACGACGGCAUCGAGGUCGACCCGGCCAAGUGGGAGCGUAUCCGACAGUGGCCGACUCCACACAACAAGACCGACGUUCAGCGUUUCCUCGGCACCGUGAAUUGGAUGCGAGAUCACCUGCCCCACCUCUCGAUCACCUUGGAGCCCAUCACCGCAUUAUUAGCGCAAUCGACGUCGUGGCGUUGGAACGAGCGCGAGCAGCAGGCCUUCGACACCGUCAAGUCCCUCGUGCCAGCAACACUGCGACCGAUCGACGGCGCUAAGGUCACCUCCGGCGAGCACAAAAUCUACUUGUUCACCGAUGCCAGUCGUGUUGGCAUUGGCGCUUGCCUGGCCUCGGGCCCCACUCGUUCGCAGGCCAUUCCUACGCGAUUCUUCUCCGCUAAGUUCAAUGGCGCUCAGCUCAAUUAUCACGUCACUGAUAAGGAGUUCUUAGCCGUCGUUUCGGCGUGUCGGGCGUUCGAGCAGCACUUGAUCGGUUACCCCUUCGUCAUCGUCACCGACCACCAAGCCCUUCGCACGAUUAAAACGCAGAAGUUACGCCAAACACCCCGGCACAUCCGCAUGUGUCUCGAACUCAGCCGUUUCGACUUCGAAUUCGAAUUCAUUGCGGGCAAGAACAACUCCCUUGCCGAUUCGUUGUCACGCUUGUGGGAAGUCAAGGAGGGAUCGCCCGAGGAUCAGGUCAAGGAGAAUGAGUUGGAGGAUAUGUUCUUUGAUGGAGAACGCCACGGAUUCACUACACACGGUGAGAGCCUCCCUGAGGAACGUCCUUACACCUCACCAUUGACAGGCAACGUCGGAGGGGAUGACGAUGACUACACGCGAGAGACGAGGGAGAGAGCGAGAGAGCGCGCGAAAGCGCGAAGGAGCGAAGGGGGUGUCGACCGAGGCGGCGGCAGUCGACCGAGAGGCAACCGCGGAGGAUACGCGGCUGCAAGGCUCGCAGCAAGUCCAGUGUACCGAACUAUGGUAGCCAACGAGGUCGGACAGAAGAGGGAGGGCAAACGAUCCAAGAAAUAG